AUGGUCAACAUAGUCAAUAUUGGUUCAUCACAAGUGCCACCUCAGCCUUUAUGCUCCACGAGUGCAGCUCAUGCAAAGGCCAUGCAUGUUCAUGUCAUGACAAAUGACAGCAACCAUCCUAGUACAAUAAGCAGAUGCACUGUAGCCGAUAUUGAGCAGAAUUUAUCGAAGCGUGCUCCCCAGCCACGAUAUGGCCUUGGUCGUCGUCCCUUCCGCCUGGAUCUGGAGAGCCUCCGCGGCAGGGCACCUUGUCCGAACGAGCACCACCAUAAAUCUAAAUCGAAAAAUCACCUCCUUGUCGUGGAUCUCGUCGUGCUCUGGAAUCUAGAUUUUAGCGACCCCAAUUACAACCACGUUGGCGUGGAUAUGAACUCUGCCAAAUUGGCAGCCGUCGCCACUGUUGGGUACUGA